AUGGCAAUUUUUCUCCGAACAAAAGCUUCGGCUGAUAUUAAAAAAAUGGAAAAAACUGAUUCUAUAAAAAUAACAAUCAUGUCGGCAGCUGGUCGAAAAAAUGGGAAUGAUGAACAGGAUGAUAACCACGAUUGUUUGAAACUCAGUGGUUCUUAUUCACUCAUUAGUUUCGCACGAGAGAAAGUAGAAUAUUUUCUCGAAGGUUUAUUCGAACAAGAAAAACAAUUUCCUUGUCAGAGUUGGGACGUUUCAAAGAUUGUUUCCCAAAGUCUUCGUACACGUCUGAAAGAGCUACGAGAUUCGGAUGAUUGUGAAUCAAUAAGAUGGAUAAAAAUCUAUACAGCGAUAGAAAGAAGAGAAACUGCGCCAAAAGUUACUAUAUCAAUAGUUGGUUUGAACGAAGAAGCAGUUGAUAAUGUUACUGAACAAUGCCAAGAUGUUGUAGAAGGAUACGUUAUUUGGAAACUACCUGCGGAUGAGUACAGUGUGAUAGUUAAUGCAUUGUUAGUAAAAAAGUCGCCGUCUAUUGAAGAAUUUCGCCAGCAAUGGAAAACUGAUAUACGAUUAGAUCGAAAUACGAACACUAUCACUAUUCCUGCACGGUCGAAAAUGAUGACAGAUAAUAUCAAGGAAGCUCUACUAACAGAUAAAGCUUCUUCCACAUUAGAGACCAAUGAAAAUGACACCAGCCCGGCCAUAACUGUUGUUGUAAACAGUCGAGGUCAAGCAAUUGCCGUAGAGAAAGGUGAUAUCACAAAGGUAAAAAAUGUCGAUGUGAUUGUGAAUGCAGCAAAUGCAACAUUGUAUCAUGCAGGUGGCGUAGAUAAAGAGAUUGCUGAUGCUGCUGGUCCUGCACUUGAUCAAGAAUGUGGACAAAUAAUUGCUAAGAAUGGAGGUUUACCCAUUUCUGCUGGUAAAGCAGUCAAGACAACAGCUGGUAAUCUUCCUUUCAAGUGUGUGAUUCAUGCCAUUGGUCCUCAAUAUAAUGAUGAUGAUCAGCAAGCACGUCCAUUAUUAUUCUCUAGCGUCUUGUUUAGCUUGCGACUUGCUGAAUGUGAAAGUUAUACAAGUGUUGCUUUACCAGCCAUUAGCUCUAAAACUUACGGUUUUCCAUUAGAAGAUUGUACCAAUAUUGUGGUUCGAGCAGUAAAACAAUUCUUUGCUGAUUAUCCACAAUCACAUGUGAAAAAAGUUAUUCUAUUAGACAUGGAUGAUGCAGCUUGUAAUUCAUUUGCACGUGAAGUUGUUAUCGAUCAUAGAAAUGCACUUAUAGAGGAUGAUGAUAUUAUCAACUACGAGUUGUCCCCAUUAACGGCUAAAUGGUGUUGGCAAGAUGAUAAUGGUGAUAAAAUCAAUGAUGAAAAUCAUGCACGUCAAAUUGAAGCUGCAUCUCAACAUUACUUGAAAACUUUCUGCAUGCCAACAUGGGAUUCCCGAAUUUCGCUAAUAAGACUUUCGCCAACAGGACAUUUGCCAAUGGCGAAAGUCCACUGUAAUUUCGCCAAUAUGCCCCGGUGA